AGACGGUGCCAAUGGCCCAAUAUCACGUGGCGGGUCUUCUUCUCUCUCUCAUAAUUCUCUCUCGCUCUCUCUCUCUUCCGUUUUGGGGACACUCAUAUGACCAGAUGCUUUCCAUGAAACAUUGACAUUGAAAUUCUCUUCCAAUUGCGAUUCGAGCAAGUCGAUCAGAUUCUUCGAUGCUUUCAAGAUUCUUGAUCAUCUAAUUGAGGUUGUUGUUCCUUGGAGGCUUGGAGCUUCAUUUCAUGAAAUUAGAACAGAUACUGUUAUUGUCCUAAUAGUUGUUCUAAGCACGUGUAAUAUUCAUUUGUAUACUACCGCUUUAUAAGAGAUCGAGUGCUCCAGCAGUUUUAAGUAAUAAUUUGGGUGGAACAUUUCUCUUUUUCCUAAAAUUAUCUUGCAGUUCAUUCAUUAAUACAAACUUACCGUUUAGCACUUGUUCUCGAUGGAAGACUCAUUUCAGAGUACUGGUUCAAGAAGCAACUCCCGUGUUACAAGUAUUACAACUAGUAAAAAUGUGUCUAAAAGUUGUUCGGUUGCUUCUGGCCCCAAUUCUUUCUCACAGAGAUCUUUGAGGCUUGUAUGCUCUUUCAACCAUGGAAAAUUCAGAAGGGGGACUGCUCAUGCAACAUUGUUUUUACUCAAGGUCGCUGCCUUAGAGGCAUUACGGAGAUUCUCAAAGGCUAGAUGCCCAAUUCUGUGGUGUAGUCUUCAGGCAUUGCAAAUGUUUUGCUAUCCACCAUUGAAGUGGAUUCAAAGUUGGGCUCCUUUCAAGGGUUUGGUUAAAGGCAUGCAGGUAUUAUCGAGGCCAUUAUUAGUCCUUUCUAUUGCCACCGCUUUCUUUGAUCAAUCAGGCUGUGGCAGCGACACCUCACAUGAUAUUGAAGAUAUUAAUGACAUCAAUGAUUAUUGUGAAUUUUCAGAGUUGCAGACAGAUAUAACUUCUAUAGAGUCCACUCUAGAUGCAAGGAUUCCCGAUGAAGCUCCCCAAAGUCUAUCAUCUGGAAAUUGGUUACUUCAACUCUAUGCAGAGCUGAAAAUUCUGGGAAUAAGUCUGCCAGAAAGAAUUAAUGAGGAUGAACUCCAUAGAUUUUAUACUGCUGCGAAUGGUGAUUUUUCAUGCUUGCUGUCAUCAGUGAAAAAGACAAUCCGUUGGAGGGAGACUUACAACAUUCUUUCAAGACAAGAACUUGAGAUGUGGUCAGAUAUGGUCUUUUGGCAUGGAUUCGAUGUGCAACAUCGACCAUGCCUUAUUGUUCGCCUUGGGCUUGCUUGCAUUGCCUUGCCAUCACAUGACAGACCUCGCUUUGCUCAAGCUGUUGUAUCUCAGGUAGAGCACGGGGUUCUGCAUUUAGUUGACUCCAAAAAUCCUCAAAUUACUGUUUUGGUGGAUUGUGAAGGGUUGUCCCCUUUAAGAUUUCCCAUGCAAGUAAUGAGAUCCUGUUCUACUCUUCUUCAAGAUCACUUUCCAAAUCGUCUUGGCUGUUUGUUUGUUAUACGGCUUCCUCCUGUUGUUCGAGUUAUUGCACAAACUUUCAUUCAAGAUCUGAAACCUGUCACUCAGCAAAAGUUGAAAAUCGAAGGGGAGAUGUACCAGAAGGUUGUCAGCGAGUACCUUCAGACACUCCCAUCAUAUCUUGGUGCCACAUGCACAUGCAUGAAAUGUUCAAACCUCAACAACAGAGAGAUGCAACAGCUUCAAACUCAAAUUGAGGAGACCAACAGAACAGAAACUGAUUCAGAUAGUAAUAGUGGUGAGGACCUGCCCCCACCUCAUUCAACGUGUCUAACAGAUAUGCUCUUGAAUGGUAACUAUGACCAGUUGUUGAGAACCGCCAUGUUAGGCAUCCUAAUCUUGUGUGUUCUGAUUGCUUUUAUUGCUGAAGUAUAUGAUCCGGAAAGCUAUCUGGAUUAACCCUACAAGGUAUAAGUGGAAAAACCCUUCUCAUUUCUCUUGUACCUUUGUUCUUGAAGGUAUUGUGUAUGUGUUAUACAAUCUGCUUUUGUAUAGUAGUAAAAGCUGUACUAAUUUUGUAAUUUCAGUUCAUCCUUGAGCACAAACCCCCAUAACAAUUGGAUGAGAUGUUUUGUAAGGUUAAUUUCUCCGAGCCUGCUAUGGCUAUGAGUUGAAGGAACUUCAGAUGUGAAGUAUUGUAGGUAAUAUCUGUUAAACAUAUGUAUUUAAUGAGAUGAAAUCUCAAGACCUCGUAAUUUACAAUAGCUGCACCAUAAUUUUGUUGGUA